CCAACCCAACCCAACCCAAUUACCCCCCAUUCGAAAAGCAGAAGAUGCCUUGCUUCCUUCCCUCCGUUUCGAGUUUCCCUCCUCCGACGAGAAAGAAAGCGGCCAAUCUCCUUCUCCUUCCACACCCGCCACGAUCGAUGCUGCCGCGGUGAGGCUACAAACCGCAGCCCCGCUAGCAACUUCUCCGGGAGCACAAGCGCUCAUUCACAACCAACCACGGGCGCGCGAGGCACCGAUCAGAAGAUCCGAUCGAUGGGCAACGUGGCGGCGGCGCUGGGGGAGCGGCAGCGGCCGGCGGUGGAGGAGCGGCUCACGCGACCGCGCCGCCUGCUCCGGGAGCUCCACGACGUCGACUCCGCCCGCCUCCGCCGCCUCAUCCGCUCCGGCCACCUCGCGCCGUGCUUCGACGCCGCCGCCGAGGACGACGACGCCGCAACCUCCGUCGAGUGCCCCAUCUGCUUCGACUUCUACCCGAGUCUGAACCGGUCCAAGUGUUGCGGCAAAGGGAUCUGCACCGAGUGCUUCUUGCAGCUGAUUCCGUCGACCACUACUAAAGCUGUUCACUGUCCUUUCUGCAAAACCGCAUCCUACGCUGUUGAAUACCGCAGUGACAGAACCAUAAGUGAGAAGAAACUUGAGCAAGAAGUUAGUUUCCUUCGCAGAGAUUCUGAUGCAAAAGCAUCUUCUUUAGAUGGUGGGCAAGAUCAGAUCAGCAGCAUCAAACCUUUUCGUGUCCAAUGAGUCUUUUCUCUGAAUUUCUUGCAGGAAGAACAAAACGUUAAGGCUCAGAUGAGAAUACAUCCGAAGACUCAGAACGCCGGUGAACUUAUUCAACCUUAGAAGAUGCAAGCCAGAUUUUUGGCACACCUAAAAGCUUUCUAACCAACUUUUAGCCCUUCUAACAUCUCGAGAGAUUUCAUGAUCACCACGGUGAAAAAAAAAAUCAGACAUUUUUUUUAGCAGAACAGAGUCUGGUUUCAGCUGUGAAUGCCACUAUACUGAAACAAAAAUAUUCUGCCGGUUUUGCAGUAAAAGAGUGAUGGUUUGAAACAGCAAAAAUAAGUGAUGGUCCCAAUAUUGUGUAGCUAGCCAGGUCUGAAGACAAAGAUGGAGCUGAUUUUUUUCCAAACUGGCAAAGAACUCCACGUCAGCAUACAGUCAUGCAACCACUUAUUUUGAUUCCGUGUGGCACCUUGCCUAUUGCAGAAUCCCUGCCUGUAUUUCUUGGAGCUUUUUUUACACUGCCUGUAUUUCUUGGAGCUCUCUUGUUUAGACUUUAGACGUUGUACAUGUUCCUGAUGGCAAUACUGGAGAUUAGCACGUAAUUUUACUCGGAUGUUCCAUUUUCCUAGGUACUGGACUUGUUGAUCUUGUCUUUGUGGCAGUGCCGCACUUGAACUGAAAAUUGAUGAAUCUGAAUCUGCUUGCUA